AUGAGUGACUCUCAGAAGAGGAACGACGGAUUUGGAUCAGUGGACACAGAGAGAUUCCAGAAGAUGCGUGAAGCUGGCCAACGCCGGAAUGCAUUGAUCAAACAGAAGAAGGCCGACAAAAAGAACAAACGAAAUGGUCUCCCAUUUCUCUCGAAACCAUGUCCAGAUGGGAGAGUUUUGAUGAGUGACUCACAGAGAUUGGAUGCCGUUUUUCAACUCAUCGCGAAGAAAGCGAUGGAACGUUCCGCAGCUCGUCGGGCGGCUGGAGGACUAGUCCUCGAAGCGAAUAUGCCAGAUAAAAUGAGAGACAUUCUGGAGGAAGAAACAGUGGAAUGCGUUGUUCCAGUACAAGAAUAUGAGGAGAUGAAUGAGGCAUUGAGUGAGAAGGAUCAGGAGAGGACAGAGAAAGAGGAGGUCGAAGAUUCUGAGGAUUCGGAAGAUGACGACUUGGUGGAGGCUGAACAGAAUGAGAUCAUCGCAAGUGAAACAAUGAAUUACUCUCUGCUGGAGGAAGAGGACGAAACGACUGAUUACAUCCUUCCUGAAUCCACAAGUGCUUCAGAAGAUGAAGAAUAUUACGAAGGAAUGCAGGAGGCGUUGACAAACUUGGAUAUGGAGGCAGAGAAGAAAAGAGAAGAUGCUGAAUAUGCUGAGAAGAGAGCCAAAAUCAUUGCACAAGUAGCAGAAAUCAGAGAGUCGCAAAAGAAGAACCAAGAAUCGGGAUCGCCGGAAAAUGAUAGAUACAAUAAAAUGCGUGAAUCUGCCGAACGUCGUUACAAAGCAAUCAGGCAGAAGAAGCUUUACAAGAAGAUCAAAGAGAACGGACUUGCUUCUCUUCUCCCAUAUCUCUUGAGAGCACGUUCAGAUGAAAACGCUACGAACCAUGCCUACCCACGAGCCAUUAGAGAUUCUUCCCAGCUUGCCAUCAAUCAAACUGCCAGUGGUUCCAAUCCAGAUAUACCUGAUGAAAUUAAGCGUGAUUUGGAGAAUAUGGCAAGAGAAACUGGAAUCAUUGUUCCGAGAUUUGAUGAACGAUACAAGAAGGUGGUGGAGGAGAUCAGAAAUAGAGGUCUUAAUGACCAAGUCGACAUCCGUCACUGA